GCCGCAUUUUGGGUGUCGACUUCGAGUAACACCUCAUGUAUAUUGCACAAGCGCCAGGACCAAGCAGGGGCCAAACCCAUCUUCUCCCUUCCCAGCAAACGGCAGUGGAUUUGAGGCGGAUGACUACGCAACAUUCGAGCAGACGUGGGAAAGACACUGGAUCCUCUACCGCAAACCGGCCAUGACACAGUCCGGCCCGUUCGGCCUCCAUGGGGGCCACCAUUGGCAUUGCCAUCGGCAUCGCGUGCGCCAUCCUGCUCCCAUUUACACUGCAUGUCGUGGCGCGCUGUCGCCGAAGAGACGCCAAGCGAGGCACCAAGGAGGGACCAGACUCCGAGAGUUUCCCUCUGAUGGCUCGUUCCUCGUAUAGCGACUUGGAGGUCUUGCCUGAGAUGGACCCCCAGGUCACGUCGCACGACAUCAGCUACCCUCUCGCGCACGAGCUCAGCGCAGAUUGCGUGCCGAGCGAGCUGCCGGAAAGAUCACGGACCCCUAUCUCACGGAGACGGAGCAUUUAACUGCUGAGAUUGUGGAGGUUAGGAGGGCAAGGGCGGUUUGGUGGAGAUCAAUAUGGUCAUCCUAGGAUUUGACGUAGAAUAGACACAACUAGCUAUCCAUUAGCAUAUAAAAACGACUUGUUCCUUUGUUCCGUCC